CGGCACUCAUUGCUUCCAGCCACACCUCGCCACAUCUACUAAACGGUAGUCUAUUCAAGAACGUACAAGAACCUUUUGGGGGAACGUGUCGUUCAGAACAAACCGUUGUUCAACGUAGCAAACGUUUAAGAGGACUGAACGCACCUCAACCUCUCCCUGUCUUUUUUCAUUUCGUUCUCUCUCGUUGUUUAUCUCCGCUCUUUUAGAACGCAGAAGGAGUUGUAGAAGAUCAACAAGGACGACUCAGUAGCUCAUCAACCAAACAAUACGCGUUGAUAGUAGCAACAGUGAAGAAUGUUGACUAAAGAACGGGGCCUGGUUUAUCUCGUCACCGGGGGCUGUGGGUUCCUCGGACAACACCUGUUACAGGUCCUUUUGGAGAAAGAGGAUGCGGUAACGGAAAUUCGACUUUUUGACAAACACAUCGACUCUAGUCUAAAUGGCCACAGCACAGAGCGGGUAAAGGUGGUGGUGACGCAGGGGGACAUCACAGAUUACUCCAGUGUCCUGGAGGUGUCCAAGGGGGCAGACCUGGUCAUCCACACGGCCAGCCUGGUGGAUGUCUGGCACAGAGUCCCUGAGACAGUCAUCCAGGCUGUGAAUGUUCAAGGAACUGUGAAUGUGAUCAAUGCCUGUGUGGAGAAUGGUAUUCAGUAUCUGGUCUACACCAGCAGCAUGGAGGUGGUCGGCCCCAAUGUGAAAGGAGACCCCUUUAUCAGAGGUGAUGAAGACACCGUCUACAAUGUUUAUCAUGAUAUGCCCUACCCCAGGAGCAAGGCCAAGGCAGAGAAACUGGUGCUGGAGGCCAACGGCAAUAAGGUGAAUGAAGGGGCCUGCUUGUACACAUGCUCCCUCCGUCCCACAGGGAUCUAUGGUGAGCAGCACCAGCUGAUGAGGGACUUCUAUGAGAUGGGUGUGAGGACAGGGGGCUGGAUCAUUCGAGGCGUCCCAAAGGACACGGAACAUGGUCGUGUCUAUGCAGGUAACGUGGCUUGGAUGCAUCUGCUGGCUGCUCGCUCCCUGAGAGAGCACCCCCAACGGGUUGGAGGGGAAGUUUACUUCUGCUAUGACGACUCACCCUACAAGAGUUAUGAGGAUUUCAACAUGCAGUUCCUGUCUGGGUUCAACUUCCGCCAGGUCCGUGUGCCGCUAUUGGUGCUGUGGUUGGUGGCGUGCCUGAAUGACCUGCUCCGCUGGGUGCUGAAGCCUGUGUGCAGCUACACACCAUUACUCAAUCGCUACACACUCGCUGUGGCCAGCACCUCCUUCACAGUAGGUUCAGACAAGGCCCAGCGCCACUUCCAGUACCGCCCCCUCUAUGACUGGGAACAGUGCAAGGCCCGCACACAGAGAUGGGUGGACACCUUUCCCUUCGCAGGCCCCAAGGACUCCUGAUUUGCUGGUCUGAGGGAACCUUGUCUGGGCUAAACCGAUGCACCACACAUCAUAACAUGGGAUGGAUGGAGGAGUGAGAGGACUUUCUCAGAUUUAUAUUCUCACUAUGUUUGCUCCAUCAUAAGCAGUAUUAUCAUUACACGUAUGCAUACAAACUCUUGACCCCUGAACUCUUAAACCCUGAACUAUGACCUCCUGCACGUGUUCUUCAAAAAUGGUUAUGUCCUCCUACCUGUCACUACUUGUGGCUAGCCUGUAGCUCCUCAGUCAAAAUGAUGACAAGGCAUGUUCCACACUGAAAUGGGUCACUUAUCCAUCCCAUGAUCUUCUGAUUCACAUGAGAACCUUCCCAGCUCUAAAUAAGAGAUAAUACAUUGGAGAUUCAAUAUAAAAAGUUUGGUGCUUUAUCGGACAUUGCCAUAUUCAUCCUCUUAAAAAAGGGGUAGAUAUGUGAUUGUAGUCAUAAAAGGGCAUAGGUAUGUGAUCUAGGAAAGCUGCUCAUGAAUUGUUUUGAGUCUAUUUCCAACAAUACACAGUGCAAUACAUUGCUAUACAUAUUUUGCAAUACAUACAUGAAAAUGCAAUACAUUUUCCACAAGACAUCAUCACUACAUAGACUUGAUCUGUUUUUGUUGAAGAGCACUAGUGCAGAAAACAUGCAUCUUAAACAUGCAUUAAUGCACACAGAGAAUAUUGUCUGAUUUUGUUCUAUGUGAUUUUAGAGUUUUAUGAAUCAAAUCAAAUCAAAGUUUAUUUGUCACGUGCGCUGAAUACAACAGUUGUAGACCUUA